UGACUUUUGACUUUAUAAAUUUUCCAUCGUGGGAUGUACACACUUCAAGGUGAAAAUAGUUUUACUUUUUUAGCAAACACAACGCACCGCAAUUUCAUCCACUCGUAUUCGAUCAACUACCAAGAUCGAAAUGUGUUCGGAAAAAGAAACUCGAGAGAAAACGUUCUCUUGCAGAAAUUCCUUACUGGAUGAAAUUUUCGAACAUCCCCGAACCAAAAAUCUCUACAAUGUGUACCUGAUUGUGUUAACAGGGUUGUUUUUUCAGACGGUAGCCCAAGACUACGUUAAAACUGGAAGGGUAACACUCGGACUUGGGCUCGUACGAAAGGGCUUUUACAAUUUCGAUAAAGCUGUGUUCAUUUGGAGUUGUUGCUUGGGGUCAGCAUGUGUCUGUUUUUUUGUUUUCAAAAUUUGGUGUAGAUUGAAGGGUUUUGCGAAAGAGGCUACGAUGGUUUCUAAUUGGUGUGGAGGGACGCUGCUACUAUUGUACUACUUUUAUUCAUUUAAGUUAGUUGGUCAUGGAGUGCGACAAUUUAAUUUUAAUCCACCCUGUACAACGUUUGUCACUAUUGAGUCGGUGAGGUUCCUGAUGAAGGUGCACUCGUUCGUCCGAAACAAAGCCACCGAAGCCGACCCUGCGCUAAAAUUCUCCAACUUCUUGUAUUUCCUCUUCGCACCUACCCUCAUCUACAGAGACCACUACCCUCGAACGAAAACCACCAACUGGAAAUUCGUAGCUCGGUGUUUCCUCCAAUGCUUGAGCGUCUUGUUCAUUUUCACUGUCGUCAUAAUGAACUCCUACCCCACCCCCGAACAGUGGUGCCAAAAAUUUACCCCAAACGACAUACUGUUAAUUGUUAUGGAAAAAUUACCGUACGGUAUUUUGGUUGUGACAGGAAUUUUUUUUUUGAUUUUCCACUCCGUGCAAAAUCUGUUUGCCGAAAUUUUGCGGUUUGGGGACCGCUUGUUCUAUCAAGAUUGGUGGAACGCCUAUAGCUUUAGUAUUUGGUUGUCGAAGUGGAAUAAAAUUGUCCAGGAUUGGUUGUACUAUUAUGUUUAUCGCGAUUUUAGGGAAUUUGUUUGUGAUAAUGGCGCUCUUGCGAAGUUGGUGGUUUUUGUGGUGUCUUUUGGUGUACACGAAUGGAUUAUGUAUUCAUGGAUUGGCGGAUUUUUUCCUGUGAUGUUUGUAAUUUUCAUGGGUGUUGUGUUUCCUUUAACUUUCUGUGAGUUUCCAAAGUGGACGAUUUUUAAUAUUUUGGUUUGGUUUUGUGGCGUUUUCUUUAUUAAUCUCGGUUUAUUGUUGUGUGCUUUUGAACACUAUGCACUUUUGAACGCUCCUUUGGAAAAUCCUGCUCUUUGGGAACUGGUUUGUCCUAGGUUUAUUACCUGUGAUUGUGUACUACGUUAGUGAGGUUUGUAGAUCGAUUUUAAUUGUUAUCAGAAUCAACUAUUUUCUUUCAAAAUAUUUUUGUUGCAAUUAAUUAUUUAGUGGCACAAAAAAUAUGUUCAUUGUCAAUGUAUAUGUAAAUAU